AUGUGCAGUGCGCGAAAGGAUACUGCAGUUGUGUUCGGGAUGUUUUCUUCCCGUGCAAGACCAAAAGAGUAUAUUUGGACUUAUGUGACUCCACUGGCGAAUGCGCGAAUGGUCUUGAGUGCUGCAAGGCUGUUGGCUUGGCUUGCUACUCCGACUCGGCCUGUUGUUCAAAUGACUGCAGAUAUGCUCCAAAUGCGAUCUUCUCGGGAGAAUGCCAGUAGGCACGAGAAGCGGUGA